GGGUUCCCGGCGAGUGGGAACGAGUGCAACAACUCUGCCUCUCCGAGGAGACCGGCGGGUGACCACCACUGAACAGAAACGCGGAACCAGCCGGAUAAUGUCCACCCCGAGCAGAUUCAAGAAGGACAAAGAGAUCAUUGCCGAGUAUGAAAGUCAAGUCAAAGAAAUUCGAGCUCAACUGGUAGAACAGCAAAAAUGCCUUGAACAACAGACGGAGAUGAGAGUUCAGCUCCUCCAGGACCUGCAAGAUUUCUUCCGGAAAAAAGCCGAAAUUGAGACUGAAUAUUCUCGAAACCUGGAGAAGUUGGCAGAGAGAUUCAUGGCCAAAACCAGAAGCACUAAGGAUCACCAGCAGUACAAGAAGGACCAGAACCUGCUGUCUCCUGUGAACUGCUGGUAUCUGUUGCUGAACCAAGUGAGGAGAGAAAGCAAAGACCAUGCGACACUGAGUGACAUCUAUCUGAACAACGUCAUUAUGCGCUUUAUGCAGAUAAGUGAGGAUUCCACCAGGAUGUUUAAAAAGAGCAAAGAGAUUGCAUUCCAACUUCAUGAGGAUUUAAUGAAGGUUCUUAAUGAGCUUUACACGGUGAUGAAAACGUAUCACAUGUACCACGCUGAGAGCAUGAGUGCUGAGAGCAAACUGAAGGAGGCUGAGAAGCAAGAGGAAAAGCAAAUCGGAAGAUCUGGUGAUCCUGUCUUCCAUAUCCGACUCGAAGAGAGACAUCAGCGGCGAAGCUCUGUAAAGAAAAUUGAGAAAAUGAAAGAAAAGAGACAAGCAAAAUAUUCGGAAAAUAAGUUAAAAUCAAUUAAAGCACGCAAUGAAUAUCUCCUAACGCUGGAAGCAACCAAUGCCUCAGUAUUCAAGUAUUAUAUCCAUGAUCUUUCUGAUUUGAUAGAUUGCUGUGAUCUUGGCUACCAUGCAAGUCUGAACAGAGUCCUGAGAACUUAUCUCUCAGCAGAAUAUAACCUUGAGACCUCUAGACAUGAAGGCUUGGACAUUAUUGAGAAUGCAGUUGACAACUUAGAGCCAAGGAAUGAUAAGCAGAGAUUUAUGGAGAUGUUUCCUGCCGCAUUCUGUCCACCCAUGAAAUUUGAGUUUCAGUCUCACAUGGGUGAUGAGGUGUGUCAAGUCAGUGCACAGCAGCCAGUCCAGGCGGAGCUCAUGCUCAGGUACCAGCAGCUGCAGUCCCGACUGGCUACACUCAAAAUCGAGAAUGAGGAGGUCAAGAAAACAACUGAAGCCACUUUACAGACCAUCCAAGACAUGGUCACCAUCGAGGACUAUGAUGUGUCGGAAUGCUUCCAGCACAGCCGCUCUACAGAGUCUGUGAAGUCCACUGUCUCUGAAACCUACCUGAGUAAGCCCAGCAUCGCCAAGAGAAGAGCCAACCAGCAAGAAACUGAGCAGUUUUACUUCAUGAAACUCAGAGAGUAUCUGGAAGGCAGUAAUCUCAUCACAAAACUCCAAGCCAAACAUGACUUGCUGCAGAGGACUCUUGGAGAAGGACAUAGAGCUGAAUAUAUGACUACAAGCCGGGGACGAAGGAACUCACACGCGAGACAUCAGGAUUCAGGACAAAUUAUACCCCUCAUUGUGGAAAGCUGUAUUCGGUUUAUCAAUCUCUAUGGUCUCCAGCACCAGGGGAUUUUCAGAGUAUCGGGUUCCCAGGUAGAAGUCAACGAUAUUAAAAAUUCAUUUGAGAGAGGUGAAAACCCUUUGGCUGAUGAUCAGAGUAACCACGACAUUAAUUCAGUGGCUGGUGUUCUGAAGCUCUAUUUCCGUGGGCUGGAAAAUCCCCUCUUUCCUAAGGAAAGAUUUAAUGAUCUGAUUUCUUGUAUCAGAAUAGAUAAUCUCUAUGAGAGGGCGCUUCACAUCCGAAAACUCCUCCUGACCCUGCCCAGGUCGGUUCUUAUUGUGAUGAGGUACCUCUUCGCCUUCCUCAAUCAUCUUUCACAGUACAGCGAUGAGAACAUGAUGGACCCUUAUAACUUGGCCAUUUGCUUUGGCCCAACGUUGAUGCCUGUCCCAGAAAUCCAGGAUCAAGUGUCUUGCCAGGCUCAUGUGAAUGAAAUUAUCAAAACCAUCAUCAUCCACCACGAGACUAUUUUCCCAGAUGCUAAAGAACUGGAUGGCCCUGUUUAUGAGAAAUGUAUGGCUGGAGAUGACUACUGUGACAGCCCAUACAGUGAGCAUGGUACACUGGAGGAAGUCGACCAGGAUGCUGGCACAGAACCCCACACCAGUGAGGAUGAGUGUGAGCCAAUCGAAGCAAUAGCCAAGUUUGACUAUGUGGGCCGGUCCGCCAGAGAACUGUCCUUCAAGAAGGGAGCUUCGCUGCUGCUGUAUCACCGCGCAUCUGAGGACUGGUGGGAAGGCAGGCACAACGGCAUCGAUGGGUUGGUGCCUCACCAGUACAUAGUGGUACAGGAUAUGGAUGAUACAUUUUCAGACACUCUGAGCCAAAAAGCAGACAGUGAGGCCAGUAGUGGGGCAGUCACUGAAGACAAGUCUUCAUCUAAGGAUAUGAACUCCCCAACAGAUCGUCAUUCUGAUAGUUAUUUAGCCAGACAAAGAAAAAGAGGAGAACCACCCCCUCCAGGGAGACGUCCUGGCAGGACCAGUGAUGGCCAUUGUCCCCUUCAUCCCCCGCAUACUCUUUCCAACUCUUCAGUUGACCUGGGGUCCCCAAACCUAGCCAGUCACCCCCGAGGCCUGCUGCAGAACCGUGGCCUCAACAAUGAUAGCCCUGAGAGGAGGCGUCGGCCGGGCCACGGCAGCCUGACCAACAUCAGCCGGCAGGACUCUCUCAAGAAGAUCGACAGCCCUCCCAUCCGGAGGUCCACGUCAUCAGGACAAUACUCAGGCUUCAGUGACCACAAGCCGCUGGACCCAGAGUCAAUUGCUCAGGAUAUUGAAGAGACAAUGAACACUGCUUUGAAUGAACUCCGUGAACUAGAGAGACAGAGUACGGCAAAACAUGCCCCCGAUGUGGUGCUGGAUACCUUGGAACAAGUGAAAAACUCUCCCACCCCAGCCAGUUCCACGGAAUCUCUCAGCCCUUUGCACAGCGUUGCCCUCAGGAGCUCAGAGCCUCAGAUUCGACGCAGCACCAGCUCCUCCAGUGACACCAUGAGUACUUUCAAGCCAAUGGUGGCACCCAGAAUGGGUGUGCAGCUGAAGCCCCCAGCCCUUAGGCCGAAACCAGCUGUGCUUCCAAAAACAAACCCUACCAUAGGACCUACUCCACCUUCACAGGGUCCAACAGACAAGUCUUGCACCAUGUAAAAAACCUGUAAGGUCAUUAGGGGAGGUGGCUUAAAAGAGAAAACGGAUUAGUGACAAAAGUCAAAGAUCUGUAACUUUCCUUAGUUCUGUGCUUAUGAUAACUGGAGAUCUUUUGGCUUUUCUAUGUUGUCGAAUGUAAUGUCUGAGACUAGUUAAAAUUAACACAGGCAUUUUGUAAAUUUUUUUA